AGAGUGGGCGGAGCAGGGCGGUGCAGGGUGGCGUAGCGCUGGAGGGCGAUGGUGGCGGAGCUGCUGGGGGCGGAGGCAACGUAGCCCCCGCGGAAAAGGAGCCCCGCGGCGCCUGAGUCGAGCGGAGGAUGGAGAACCGGCCUGGGUCCUUCCAGUACGUCCCUGUGCAGCUGCAAGGGGGGGCGCCCUGGGGCUUCACCCUUAAGGGGGGUCUGGAACACUGCGAACCGCUCACAGUGUCUAAGAUUGAAGAUGGGGGCAAGGCAGCCUUGUCCCAGAAGAUGAGGACUGGUGAUGAGCUGGUGAAUAUCAAUGGCACUCCAUUGUAUGGCUCCCGCCAAGAGGCCCUCAUCCUUAUCAAAGGCUCCUUCCGGAUCCUCAAGCUGAUUGUCAGGAGAAGAAACGCCCCUGUCAGUAGGCCGCACUCAUGGCAUGUGGCCAAGCUGCUGGAGGGAUGCCCUGAAGCGGCCACCACCAUGCAUUUCCCUUCUGAAGCCUUCAGCUUGUCCUGGCAUUCAGGCUGCAACACAAGUGACGUGUGUGUGCAGUGGUGUCCACUCUCCCGGCACUGCAGCACUGAGAAAAGCAGCUCCAUUGGCAGCAUGGAGAGCCUGGAGCAACCAGGCCAAGCCACCUAUGAGGGCCACCUCUUACCCAUUGACCAGAACAUGUACCCCAACCAGCGUGACUCGGCCUACAGCUCUUUCUCAGCCAGCUCAAAUGCCUCUGACUGUGCCCUUUCCCUCAAGCCAGAGGAGCCAGCCUCUGCCGACUGCAUCAUGCAAGGCUCAGGGCCAACUAAGGCCCCUACUGGCCGGCCUAAUGUAGCUGAGACCUCAGGAGGUAGCCAGCGCACCAAUGGUGGCCACCUGACUCCCAGCUCCCAGAUGUCAUCUCACUCACAGGAGGUCCACCACUCAGGGCCUGCCAAGGCUACCAGGGGCCCACCUCAACCUCCAGUGAGGCGAGACAGUCUUCAGGCCUCCAGAGCCCAGCUCCUCAAUGGAGAGCAGCGCAGGGCUUCUGAGCCUGUGAACUCCUUGCAGCAGAAGGAAAAACCGAGCUUGGACACUGUGCUAUUCCCAAGAAACCCUAACAGGUUCUGCUGCCUCAGCGGGCAAGACCAAGUGACAAAUGAGGGCCAUCAGAACUGUGAACUCAGCCAACCUCCUGAACCCAGCCAGCAGGGCUCUGAGCAUCUACUGAUGGAGGCCUCAGCCAAAGCUGUUGGAUUCCCAAAAGCAUGUGACAAAGCUUCCAGCAUGGAUUCCAGCCCACUCAACAAGGCUUCAGCAGAGCUAGCUAAGGCUUCUUCUUUUGGCAGCCCUCCAUACCUCACAGGACCCACAGGGCAUCGCCAUAGUGCCCCCGAACAGCUGCUGGCAUCCCACUUACAGCGUGUGCACCUUGAUACCAGGGGCAGCAAGGUUAUGGAGCUCCCAACUGGGCGAGAUGGGCACGAGUGGACUCUGUCUCCUUUGCAUGGCAGCCACACAGGGAAGAAAAGUCCAUGUCCCUCUGCAGGAGGAACCCAGGACCAUCCCAGCAAAGAGAAAAAGACCAGGCCAGUGGAUGAUAGGCCUUUAGGUUCGGGGCACCAAAGCCCAAGCAGUUCCCCACAUGGAGAGGCUGAUGGACACCCUCCAGAAAGAGGUUUCCAGGACCCAAACAGAGCAAACAGAACAGGCAGUGAAUUGGCUAGCCAGCCGCCCUCUGCCUCUGACUCCCUUGUUCAACAAACCAGGGACUGUUGUUCAACCACUAAAGUACCUGGAAACACAGAGGCAACUAAAGAAGGGGACAAUGAGCCCAAGGAGUGUGGCCGGGUGGGUGGUAGGCGAAAUGGAGGGACCCGGGGCCGCUCAAUCCAAAACCGGCGGAAGAGUGAGCGUUUUGCUACCAAUCUGCGUAAUGAAAUUCAGAGGAGGAAGGCUCAGCUCCAGAAAAGUAAGAGUCCCUUGUCACAGCUGUGUGACACUAAGCAGCCAGUGGAAGAAACCGAGGAGUCCCUAGAAAAUCCUUCACUUCCUGCGUCUAACUCGUCUCUUCUGUCUUCAUAUAAAAAACCACCUAGCCCCAGAGACAAGCUCUUCAACAAGAACAUAAUACUCAGGGCUAGGUCUUCAGAGUGCCUCAGCCAAGCCCCUGAGAGCCAUGAACCUAGGACAGGCUUGGAGGGACGAAUAAGCCCUAGCCAGAGGCCUGGCCAGUCCUCUUUGGGCCUGAACACCUGGUGGAAAGCAUCUGACCCAUCCUCCUCAGACUCUGAGAAAACAAAUGUUCACUGUGGAGUCCAUGGAGGUCAUUGGAGAUGGUCUCCAGAGCACAACCUGCAGCCACAUGUGGCACUAGCCAUGGAAGCCCCUUCCAACCCAGGCGACAACAAAGAAUUGAAGACUUCUACUGCCCAAGCUGGGGAGGAAGCCAUCCUCUUGCCCUUUGCAGACAGAAGAAGGUUCUUUGAAGAGAGUAGCAAAUCCUUAUCUACAUCUCAUUUGCCAGGUUUAACCACUCAUAGCAACAAGACUUUUACCCAGAGAUCAAAACCUAUAGAUCAAAACUUCCAGCCAAUGAGCUCCACCUAUAGAGAAUUGAGGCACCAUCCCAUGGACCAAUCAUAUCAUUCUUCAGACCAACCAUAUCAUGCCACAGACCAAUCAUAUCAUUCCAUGUCACCCCUUCAGUCAGAAACUCCCACUUACUCAGAAUGUUUUGCGAGCAAAGGUCUAGAACAAUCCAUGUGUUGUAAGCCACUGCACUGCGGUGAUUUCGAUUACCACAGGACCUGCUCUUAUUCCUGCAACGUCCAGGGAGCUGUAGUCCAUGACCCUUGCAUUUAUUGUUCUGGGGAAAUCUGCCCUGCUCUGCGAAAGAGAAAUAUGAUGCCAAACUGCUACAACUGCCGGUGCCACCACCACCAAUGCAUCCGGCGUUCAGCUUGCCAUCAUAAUCCCCAGCACAGUACCCUCGAGGACAGCAGCUUGGCACCUGACAACACUUGGAAACCCAGGAAGCUGACAGUGCAGGAAUUUCCUGGGGACAAAUGGAAACCAAUAACAGGAAACAGGAAGACCAGCCAGUCAGGGAGGGAAAUGGCUCAUUCCAAGGCUAGCUUUUCAUGGGCGACCCCCUUCCAUCCUUGCCUUGAGAACCCAGCACUGGACUUGUCAAGCUACCGAGCAAUCUCUUCUCUUGACCUCCUGGGAGACUUCAAGCACUCCUCGAAAAAGACAGAGGAAACUUCAGUUUAUGAGGAGGGGAGCUCCAUGACCUCAGUGCCCCGCCCGCUGCGCAGCCGUGCCUUCUCAGAGAGCCAUAUCAGCUUAGAGCCCCAGAGCUCCCGGGCCUGGGGGCAGCAUAGGAGGGAGAUCUGUACCAAAGUUGAUGAGACCCAGCCAGAUCCUCUGGGAGCCAGGAAGAAGGGCUUUCCUCCUCCUCGCCCUCCUCCUCCCAACUGGGAGAAGUAUAGGCUCUUCCGUGCAGCCCAGCAGCAGCAACAGCAGCAGCAGAAGCAGCAACAGCAACAACAGCAGCAAGAGGAGGAGGAGGAGGGGGUGGAGGAGGAGGAGGAGGAGAGGGAGGAGGAGGAGCUACCACCCCAGUAUUUCAGUUCAGAAACCACUAGUUCCUGUGCCCUCAAUCCUGAGGAGGUCCUCGAGCAGCCACAACCCCUGGGCUUUGGCCAUCUGGAGGCCUCAAAGCAAGGCUCACAAAGCCUCCCAGCAGAGCAAGAGUCCUUCAUUGUCCAUUCCAGUGAUUUCCUGCCUUCAAUAAGGGGCCACUUGGGAUCUCAACCUGAGAAGGCUCAGCCCCCUUGCUAUUAUGGCAUUGGUGGGCUUUGGAGAACAUCAGAGCAGGAGACCACUGAUUCCCCCAAACCAGAAGCCUUGAUGACAGAAGAGUCCAAACCCAAGCCAGCAUGGAGCCAGAGCUACCUCUUUCCCGAGGAGCAGUUCUCUUUUAUGGGCUGGGGCUCUGAGAGGCAGCACCUCAGCCCCGCCGGCUUCAGUGAACCCAAGACAACAGGACAAGAGUUUCAGCACUUCUCACCUCCUCAGGGGGCCCCAGGGAUCCCUACCUCUUACUCAGCUUAUUACAAUAUUUCUGUGGCCAAGGCAGAGCUGCUGAACAAGUUGAAAGACCAGCCCGAGAUGGCAGAGAUUGGCCUGGGAGAGGAGGAAGUUGACCAUGAACUGGCUCAAAAAAAGAUACAGCUUAUUGAAAGCAUUGGCAGAAAACUUUCUGUCCUGCGGGAGGCCCAGCGAGGACUGCUGGAGGACAUCAGUGCCAAUUCUGCCCUUGGGGAAGAGGUGGAAGCCAACCUAAAAGCCGUCUGCAAAUCCAAUGAGUUUGAAAAAUAUCAUUUGUUUAUCGGGGACCUGGAUAAAGUGGUCAACCUGUUGCUGUCGCUGUCUGGACGACUGGCCCGGGUGGAGAAUGCUCUCAACAGCAUCGAUUCAGAGGCCAACCAGGAGAAGUUGGUGCUGAUAGAGAAAAAGCAGCAGCUGACAGGGCAGUUGGCAGAUGCCAAGGAGCUGAAGGAGCACGUGGACCGCCGGGAGAAGUUGGUGUUUGGCAUGGUCUCCCGCUACCUGCCUCAAGACCAGCUCCAAGAUUACCAGCACUUUGUAAAGAUGAAAUCUGCUCUCAUCAUUGAACAGCGAGAGCUGGAAGAGAAGAUCAAGCUCGGGGAAGAGCAGCUCAAAUGUCUCAGGGAGAGCCUACUCCUGGGGCCCAGCAAUUUCUAAUUCUGCCAGCAGACUGCCCACACCAUCCCCGGCCAGCCACAAUGGGAAAUGCUUUCAGUCUUCGUUAGCAGUUUGUUAGCAAUUAGAUAGCAGUUAGCAGCAGUUUGUUCCAUAUCCUCUACCCUGGACGUCUCUCAUUGCCCCUUACCUAGCAGUGCUCCCAACCAGCCAGGAGACCCUGUGGAGUAGAAGCAAGAAGUAGGAGCUACAGCAAGAUGUGAUCAUACAACCACACUCUCCUUCCCACAGUUUGCAUGGGCAAGCACUCACCACACACAGAACCAACAAAGUGCCUUCAUUCUUCUUAGUACUAAGACACCAAAGACAUCAUAUGCUCACCACCCAUCCACACUGUAAUCAGCCUCUCAAGACUCAGAGAGAAGCUGCCUGUGUAGCUCCACUCUGCCCCAAGGCUCGUGACCCAGCCAUUUCCCACAGAGAUCUGGCUGUCUUGAGGGCAUUCAACUACCACCAGUUUCAGGGCCUCACCCAAGCUUUGCAGCAGGAAGCAGAGAAGGAGGAAUUACACUUAACAGAAUGUGAGCAAAGGUUGGGGAUCCCCAGGUGCCCUGCUGGAAGGAGCUAGGCUUAAACAAAUGGGCUCCACUCUCACCUUCCCCAGCAUCUAGUUGAGGGGGAAGAGGCCUACUUUCAGCCCAGGCUAAUGUGGCCUCCUCCUCUCCUAAGACUUUUGGCCUACUGCUUCCUGUUUCAUCUUGCCUUUACAUUGCUGGGGGUUACAGUUGCCUACCCUAAGGGCUUCACACUACAGGCCAUUAAUAGCUCUACUACAGCUGACUUCUGGAUACAUGUUUCAUUAUUGGGGGGAGGGGGUUCUUAUUCUUAUAUUUUAAAUGGCCUUUUGAAUUUAUUUAUUUUUAUGUUUUGACUGUUUUUUUCUUUGUUAACUAAUAAGGUAAGAAGAGGGGAGUUGGAGAGGGAAAAGUUAGCCCAGAAGGAAAGCAUUUCUGCAAAUCAGCCUGAAUUCACCAUGGCUAGGUAAGCGAGUGCCAAGGCCUUGAAUUCUUCCCACUAUAGCUGACAAGUGUCUAAGAAAGGAGUUCUCACCUUGAACUCAGAGCUUCCCUACUGUGGCCUGGUCCUAUACUUCCCUUGAAGUCUGGAUGACCGUGAGCUUACCAUUCCCCAACAGGGUUCAAUUAUUUCUUACUUAAUUUUUCUUGAAACCAAAGAAAUCUGUAACUGACAAAGGUUCACCCAUUUCUCUACCAUCUCCAAGCUAAGGAAUGGGUAGAGGUGAGCUCAGGAGGAGCUCCUCUAUCUUAACAAUUGCUUUCUCAGCCUGUGACCUGGCUCAGGGAACCAAAACUCAUAAUAGCUGGAAUCUCCAGCCACGGCCAGCCCCCAAGAGCAAAUUAUGAUCCAGCCAAGAUCUUAGGCACACAAACAACUAAUGCUGCUGCUGACACCAGUAGCCAGUUUCUAUCUUGGAAAAGCCCUCAGGUGGGCAAUGGCAGGAAGGGAGUUGUGGCCAAACUGCCCUGUUAUCUGGGUCAAUUCCCUAUUCCUUGCUAACUGGGGCCCAUGCUUGGUAUUGCAUAGCCCUGCCCAGCAAAUCCUGGUAUCUCUUCUAGUUACUGCUGAGUUCCUCAGAAUCCUUGGAGGUUAACUGUAGCAGCAAGGGUGCCUCAUUCAACCAAAGAAUUUGCCAAGAAACUUUGCUGCUGCUACAAAUACUGGUCCCUAGCUUCCGGUUCCUCUUCAUUGUAUUUGAAAACAAUGGAAGAAUCUUGGCCAGCAGGGUGUCCUGAGGGGAGCCCUGGGUAUGCUCUUAGUACACUGCUGCUGUUAAAAUGUCAACCUGCCAUUCUCCCCUCAAGUGGAGGAUUCUACUCUAUUCAGGAAGAUGAAUGGUUUGUAAAGGGCUAGGCUUACCCAAGCCAAGGUUGAGGAAGCAGGGGAGUGCUUUGAAUAGAGGCUGUGGUGGCCAUCUUUUUUGGUUUUUAUAGGCUCUAGGACAAACAAUGAGCAAGUUGAGAUGCCCUGUAUUGGGAUGAAGCCAAUGUAGUCCAUCAUUCUAAGGUUUUUUUCUUUUGGCUAGAACAGCUUUUUGGGAAUAUAGGCCCAGGGAAAAGAGUGGUCACUUACCUGAACACCAUGACCAUGGUCUGGGAUUUUCUUGUCAGCGUUAGAUUGGUUUAGCACACUAAAAGUACUAUUGACUCUGUUAUUUGUGUCCCUUAUCCCACCUCAAAUUAUUCUACAGUUGGAAUCAGAGCAUAAGGAUGCUCAUUUUUACAUGGAAGGACAGUUUCCAAAGCGCUCCCCAAAACUAUAUUGAGCAGUGAAGCUCGAAAGACAGAGGUGAACUUCUAAACAGGCACUGAUGCCCUGCACUGCUAAUGUAGCAGUCCCAUUGUCAGUGAUAGUGCUGCAAAGCCGCCAGUAUUACUUGAGAUGCAGUGUCUCUCCCCCAUUCUCAUUUCCUGGGCUCAGCCCUCUACCAAGGCCUGCCAGGGAGUAGCAAUUUGGAAGGCAGACCCAGGGUUUCCCAAAGACUGUUAUUGGUCUUGACUUCUGCCUUCUCCCUUCAAAUACUCAUACAGGCCCCAGUGGGUAAUAGGUAAACAGAGUGGUUGAUAUAGAGAGAGGAACCAGUGUGGGAGUUACUAUCACAUGUCUUCCUUACUCCCUCCAUCUCCCGCUGGCUCCCAGGGCUCUGGGUAAUUGAGUCUUCUUGAAUCCCACCAGCUGCAGACCCAGCCAGUAUAUAGCAGUAAAUGCUCAAGGGGAAUGCAAAAGAAAGAGACACAGCGACACUGAAAAUAAAGCCCUAGAAAGGGAGAGACGGGAAGCAGAGGAACAGAGAGGGAGAAAAGAUGAAAAGCCUCUUUAAAGACCAGGUUCAGGCUCUGUUUUCCAUUUAACCUCAUGUGCCAAAAAGCUGCCCAGGGGCACCAGAGCCAAACCUUAACCCCAGCCUCCCUGAAGGUGCUGCUCUGCCAGUAGCAGGCCCCAGAUGGAAGAAGCUGGGCACAUUUCUGGCCACUUCCUCCAGUCCGGAGCUUGGUGACUCCCUCUGUCUUUGCCAAAGGAGUUGUCUAUGCCAAUAAUAUUUCUGUAACAGCAUAUUGUAUUCUUUGAAGAUUAGUAGAUCUUUAGAGGGGGGUGGGGCAGGGGGCAAUUUCUAUAGAUAAAGAACCAGUGUUUGUUGUACAACUGUUGGGGGUCAUCUAUCCCAUGUGAAGCUAUUAUUUUUCUGAAUCUUAUUGUUCCUGCAUUUGUGUCCUCCACCACUCCCUUCUUGGCUGACAUUGAUAUGCCUGCCAGAUUGUCAUCAAGGGUCAUACUUCAAUAAAAGGUGCUAAGGACAAAAAAUGUAUAUAUCUCACGUGUUUUGACUGAGGUGAUGGAAAUCUCCCAAUAUUCUGCUGAAAAGUAUUGGAAAGGAAUUUGGUCACCUAUCCAUAGUCCUUCAUAGGUAACCAUAUGACCAGAGCCUUACCCACAUCCCUAAACCCUUACCCUGGCCUCUCAGGAAUGGCGUUGAUGCUAUACCAUUCAUCAUCCACAGUGAAAUAAUUUAGAAUUCAAGAAGAGUCAACAAUAGGUGUAAUCUCAUGUGUAAACCUCAACAGUAUACAGUCUGGUUCUGGAGUUCAUCCUGAUCAGAGGUGAGCCGUUUUCUAGAUCUCCUCCAAUCUUUAGUUGUAUCUACUAGUAUCAUUUUACUUCUACCUGAUCAUCCGGUCUCACACCUUCAGCAACCUGGAAAGCAAGGUCCUCACUGAUCAGCUCUCCAAGGUAACCUCAAGGUUUAAACACAAAUGCACUCCGGGCACCUCCUCUGAUGCUGAAAAGCUUACUUUUUUCCCCGAUCCAUACAUUGUUCAUAUCCCAACUGAUCUCCUCCUAUUCUAGAUAUCCAGUGCAGUAGAGUGGAAAAAGCCAGCUUUGGCAUUAGAAUGAAUUGUGUUCAGCUGUUUAUUCUAUGAACCUGGGUUAUUUGUUCAACUUCUGAGUUCAUUUUCUUGUCUGUAAAAUGGGAACAAUAAUAUGUAUCUU